AUGGGCGGGACCCUGGUGUGGCUGUUCAGGAAACUCGAAAUAGCAGCAACUUGUGCUCCAAGCGCUUGCAGCCGCAACUCAGUCCCGACGAACGCUCGCGGCGUGUCGUCCCCGCACCAAGAAGCGGACGAGGCGACGCAUCUCUUGGUCCUACCCCCUCGUCGAGUCCAGGCCGGUGAGAACGUUUCCUGGAACCACAGUACCAACGUGCGCUCCUAUCGGCGAGAGAACCCUGCGAUGCCCCAAGUGCAACAGAAACAACAGCUCGUGCUCGAACGUCAAGCCUGGGACCUGCAACUGGCACGCCUCAACGUGGUGCCGUCGGAACACACGGCAGCUUGGGACGCCAGUACAAAUGUCAAAUCGACUCGUGUGGUUAGUCCUCUGCAGCAAGGUACUGCGCGCCUCCACAGGACGGGGAACAACGGCGCGUCUUCGAACCACUACAGGCCCGGGCCAUGCGCAUAA